GCGAAGAAAGGCAAAUCCAAAACGCCAGCGGACGAUUUCUGGAGACAUUACGACGGAUUCGGCCAGCGCCAUAUAUCCUUCUCUUGGCCUGACGAGGUUGGACAAACGACUUUGCACGAAGCCGCUGCUUUUGGCCGCCCGACUCAGGCCGCGGCAGUCCUGGCGAUGGACCCGGAAAUCUGGAAAGUGGAAACCUCAAAAGGCCGCACAGCGCUGGAUGUUGCGCAGGAUGCAAUCCAAUGGUGCGCAAAACACGGGCGCUUACACAAAGAGCGGUUGAGGCAUCAACAGGUGGCGGAGCUCUGCAAGAGAGCCAGGGAUGGCAAGGUCGUGGAAGCACCGGAAACAGAUCCCGAGCUCCAAGCUGCAGAGCCGGGACCACCUGGCUACUUUUCCAUGGCCCCCUCAGUACCCGGGCUUCGACGGGGCUGUGAACUUCCUCCGCCUCUGCCAUCCGGGAAGCCUCGCUCUGCGUUGGUCUCCUGA